GUAAAGGCAAGGCGGGGCGGGGGUGACCGCGCAUUGAACGGGCGGAUUCUUGUGGAGUGAGGUGGGCAGGGAUCGAAAUAAACUGACGAAGACUGCUCUCAAAAUGGAGAUCUCCUCUCACCAAGCCCGAUUGCUUCAACAGUUAAAUGAACAGCGCAAACAAGAAAUGUUUUGUGAUUGCAGCAUCAUUGUGGAGGGAAGAGUCUUCAAGGGUCAUCGUAAUGUUUUAUUUGCCAGCUGUGGCUACUUUCGGAUGCUUCUCUUACAUAACGCACAGGAUGUGGGACAGCCUACAGUAGCGACUUUUGAUGUCUUUUCUGCUGAUGCAUUUACACUUAUUUUAGACUUCAUAUAUUCUGGGAGGCUGUCCCUCACAAGCCAAAACGUCAUUGAUGUGAUGUCAGCUGCCAGCUACUUGCAGAUGACUGACGUGAUCAGUGCCUGCAAAAGCUUCAUCAAAUCAUCUCUGGACAUCAGUGAGAAAGAGAGAUAUUUCAACCAUUCCAGUAAUGGUGAAAAUAAGUGUGGGGAUGUGUCAUCUUUGUAUACCAGCAGCCGAGGUCUGGAGACUAACCCUGUUCACGUUCAAAAAAGUACUGAUCCAGGGUCUGUUGUUGGACACUCCUGGAGAAACUUCAACUUUCAUCAACAAGUUGCAAACCUCCAGCAUUCUCCAAGAGACCAUCUGCCAAACUCUUUAGUGAAUAAUCGAGCACACCAGGAAGUACCUGAACUUCCUGUUUUCAAAGUUAGUAAUCUGUGUGGUUCUGGUGUGACUACCAGAACAUCUGAAAAUAUAAACACUGUUUCUCAAGCUGAGGAAAAAAGAACAUCAGAUUCUGAAAUGAGUGCCCCUCAUGUGAGUUAUCAGUUCAGGCAUGAGCCUGAUGUUUUGCCCAGGGACUGGCCAUUGCCACGACGAAACGGUGACUCAGUAAGGCAACCUUCACGAGGUAGAGGUCGAAAAACUGAAGAUUGGUAUCCUCCAAUGCCUACAAUUUUGGAAGUUGUGGGGGACUGGAGUGGAGAAGGUGCAGGAGACUGCAGUAUGUUACCAAAGAUGAGAUUCAAGUGUCCAUUCUGUACGCAUACAGUAAAGCGGAAAUCUGACUUAAAGCGGCAUCUUCGAUCACAUACAGGGGAGCGACCAUAUCCCUGUGACUCCUGUGGGAAGAGAUUCACACGGCUUGAGCAUCUUCGUAGUCAUGUCCUAACUAUCCACAAAUCUGGAAAGCUGGUUAUCUGCAAGAUCUGCAGGAAGCCAUUCACCGGCAUUGCAGCUAAAAUUAUGCAACAUGAUGGCAAGUGCUAUGGACUGUGCAAUAAUUGUGCAUGUCUGAUGAACUCCGGUCACGAUGAUGAGCCUAUUGACCUGGAAGCACAGCCAGACCAGGAUCUGGAAUUUCAGGAAAGUGACAAAGAAUCUGGCUGGAUGUCCACGGAGCCAGAUGGAGAGACUGAGAUCCUGAGCUCAGGGGGCGAGGGUUCAGGAAACAAUGAAGUUCAUGCAGUACAAGAAAUCCUGGAUGAUGCAGAUGAAAAGGUCCAAAUUUAUGAGAAAAUUAAGAAUAGUGACUGAAUAAACAAAUAUACAGAUUUUUCUUUAAACAGAAAGUAAACAAAUAAUAGUUAUUGAGGUUCCUGAGCCAGAUUCCAACAAUAUCUACAUUUCUUUGCCUAACAGAGGGUUAAAGGCUGCAGAUAUAUAUUUGUUUCUCAUUCCUGUCAAAUGGGGUGAGGGGUGAAUUCUUCAACAAACUAUUGUUUUAAAAAUUAAAUUGUUUUGAUGUUAUGUGAAGAGUGGUAAAAAGGAAGUGAAUCUCCAGGAUGUGAUUAGAAUAUAUCUUCCUCUGGAUUUCUUUUGUGCUCAAAAGUAAAAACAAAAUACAGCUAUCAGAGAGCCAAUUCUCAUGGCAAACUGUCCUAUCUAAUGUUGUACAUAGGUAUGAGAGUUUCAACAGCAACAUUUUGUACUCAGAAGUGGUCCUGGAAUUGUAUUUUUAUUCAUAGGAAAUGUGAUGUCGCUGACAAGGCCACCAUUUACUAUUCUUGUGUUAUGUUCAAAGCAAGUGUGAACAAAUACAAAACCUAUGUCUUGGCUUGUUUUAGAAAAGUAAGCAUUUGUGGAAAGGGAAAGGUACAUGUUACCGUCACUUUAAUUCCAGUGAGUGUAGUGGUGCUGCUGGCAGCCCCAAUUAUUUAUCCAUUGAACUCUUGAUCUAAUCACUUUUUCAGACUUCAGAUGGAAACUCUCAAUGGCAGGAAUUAGAACAAACCUCAUUUAAUGAUGUUGCCAAAUCAAUUUUUUUCAACAUACUUCCUCCAAAGGUUCACUUUGUUUGAAAUCAUACAAUUUACUUUUUGGUCAUGUGAAAUGUAGAGAAUAAAUAUCCCAUGUCAUUACCUACUUUGCUUCUUAGUUUGUUAAAGCAAAUGUUGCUCAUUCUCUUCAGUUUUAGUUAGAACAUCUUUGUCACUCUCAUGUUAUGAUGUAUUGGGGUAUACAAAAUAUCCUUGGUAUUUGGACUCCUUGGACUUCAGAAAUAUAGAAUUCACAUGCAGAACAAUAACUUGUGUUUAAUACAGCAUCUAUAAUAAGGUAAAACUAUUUGCCUUAGUAAACGGUAACUCAUCAUACAGAGACUGUGUCAUUAUUAUCCUUCAUUACUUUUCAUGGCCUGGUGUUAUUAGAUCUGAAUGUAAAAUAUUGCUGGAAAUGGUCUCUCUGGUUUUAUGCCUAAGCUUCAAAUUAAAGUGCCCAUUCAGGUGACUCUCUGAGCACCACUAUACAAAAAAAGGAAAGGUACAUGUUACUCACUGGUCCAUAGGUAGGCAUUUUGGGAUAUAUAGGAGAAAGUGAGGACUGCAGAUGCUGAAGAUCAGAGUCGAGAGUGUGGUGCUGGAAAAGCACAGCAGGUCAGGCAGCAUCCGAGGAGCAGGAGCCCUGAUUCCUGAUGAAGGGCUAAUGCUUGAAAUGUCGACUCUCCUGCUCCUUGGAUGCUGCCUGACCUGCUGUGCUUUUCCAGCACCACACUCUUGACAAUGGGAUAUAUGUUUUAUAUUUUGUUGCAAAGAAGACUCAUUUACAUAAUGGUUUAGAGAAAAGAUGAUAAGGAAUUUGAUUUUAAGUGAUCACGAAUUAAAAUUUUGUGGUUCAAGCCUUAACAUAAGGCUGAUCCAGAACAGUUAUGUGCUAUUGCAAGGAAUGGAAUUUUUUAAAUGUACAUGUUUGCUUGGAUUUUAUCUUACAGGAGUUGAAGGAUUUCUCAAAUAUGAUAUGGUUCAUUACUUUUUGUAUGAUUGUGUAUUUUGAAAUAUUCAAAAUUAAACUUAAUGUUUUGUUGUGGGACUAAUUAUUUAAGUUAGGUAUGGAUCGAAUGAGUGUUCUGAAUAGCCAAACACGUUUCGUUUUAAUAGGUGAGACUUGUAAUGUAUUAUGUUAGCUUUAGAACAACAGUGUUAUUAAAUCAUGUCCAAGUUGUAAGUCCAAAUAAUUUUCUUUGUACUUUGGAGGCCGGAAAAAUGUCUGUUUAUUCAACAGAGUGUAAAUAA